UAAUCCGUAGACAGAACGUCUGGUUAUGAAGAGAAAAAAAAACAAAUUCAAAACAAGUUUCAUGUUGUUUUGAAGCAUCUCAUCGCAUUGAAACAGGGUAAAUCCCAACUUAAUCUCUACCUCACUUAUGGACAGACUACAUUAUUAUUGGCAUUACUUAGUGCUGCUUCUCGGCUAAAUCCAGAUUGUUUGACGCUGCUUCAUGGACGACUUGGGCGACAAUCUUCUAUACCGAACGAAAAUAGUCUUCAUUCGAUCGUCCUGGAAUAAACAUGUUAGUGAAGUUGUUUCAUUCUGCCAAAAAUUGGCCGUUAUCAGUUUAUAUUAGUAUUGUAUUAAUCCUAAGUGGUGACACGGGUAGUUGUCAUUAUAAUUCUUGUAAUCUUCCUGGACCACAGGGAACUUUUGGAAGAUGCGUUCCUAUUAAUAAUUGUCCAAGUGCUUACGCGAGUCUGGUUUCGCUACAAUUCGAGCCUAAUCCUUCAUUCGGGCGGUAUCUUGAAGAGCGAACUUGUGGUUAUGGGCCUCAUGGGCAGGUCCAUAUAUGUUGUGCAAGUGAAUCUUAUAAUUCAGAGCGAAUGAUUGCUCAUCGGAAACCACAAGCUCGUCGUUCAUGCCGUACAUUCCGCCAAGGACCAGGUAACUGCGUCCCCAUCGAAACAUGCCCAUCAAUCUAUAAUUGCAGCGUAGAGCUGCAACGCAAUUAUAAUCCAACGUUACAUCUUCACCUAACUCAGAGCUUUUGUUACCAGGAAAAAGGUAAGAUUUUCGUUUGCUGCGAUGAUGAUCAAUCCGUGGACUUGAAGCCAGUGAAGAAAUUGGGAUGGCAAAGUUGUGAAACUCCGUUUCUUGACGCGGGAAAAUGUGUCCCCCCAAGCAGAUGUGGAUUGAUUGAAAACAGCGAUAAUCUGCCCGAUCUGUACAAAGCAUUUAUGGUAGGCUGUGAACAACCGAAUGGUGUGCGUCAUAUGUGCUGUCCGCAAAAUGAAAUACAGUAUGAUACGGAGUAUGGAAAGCAGUGCAAAACAAAGGAUAUGAAUGCCGGACAUUGUGUUGAAACAGAACGAUGUGAUGAUUUUCUGAAAUCCGCUGAUCGACAAGAAUAUGUGAGAAAUAAUUGGUGCUAUUCAAAUUUGGAACAAGUUGAGUACGUAUGUUGCACGGAGGCAAAGAUUUUGACAGCACCAGAAAAACCAAUUGAAAUUGGAAGCCGUGCUGGUGAAGAUGCACCUACUUGUACAACUCCCAACAGUACCCCUGGACGAUGCGUGGCACUCGCGCAGUGCUCCCCAAUAAUAUCCAUUUUGAGAGAAGCAUCUGCCGCUAAAAAAGCAGUUUCUGCAGUACAAGCUGCUUUUCUGAAAACUAGUGUGUGUACUCCUGGAAAUACCGCGCCUUCAUCCUAUUAUGUUUGCUGCGAUGAAGGAGCUUUGCAAACAGUUACGACACCUACUCCUGUUGUUACAAUGCCAACCACGACAGCAUCCAUUGAUAUCGCCAAUCAUCCGAAUCUACGAUUAUUGGAUCGGGUCAAUUGUGGUAAAGCAACUUUAGGCGAUAAAAUAUCCUUUGGCACACAGGCUUCAAUGUAUCAGUAUCCUUGGAUGGCCUUGCUCAUCUACCGAUCGAGCAGUGGGCAGGAAGGUCCUGAAUGUGGCGGAACAGUAAUCAAUACUCGCUAUGUACUGACCGCUGCCCAUUGUAUUGAUGGUCAAAUUGAGCGUUUAGUAUACGUUCGGUUGGGUGAGUACGAUACUCGAACAGAUCCUGAUUGCGAUGAGUACAUGGACUGUGCUCCACCAUUUACGCGAUAUGGCGUAGAAGAGUACACAAUCCACCCGAAUUUUACCAGAAUGGUUCGCUCUGGUAACGACAUUGGUCUACUACGAUUGAACCGAAAUGUACAGUUCAACAAUGAUGAUAUCAUGCCAAUCUGUCUACCAUUCUCUAAUAGUCUUGUGCGGUUUGAUCCUAGCUUGUAUUGGAUCACGGGAUGGGGAUUAACGGAACGAUUGGAGAGUAGUCCUGUUUUGCAGCAAGCUAGAAUUCCAUCAGUUGCUUGUAGUUUAAGUACGCAUUCAAUAUGCGCUGGUUUUGGUAAUGGAACGCUUCACUGCCGAGGUGAUUCUGGUGGACCGAUGAAGGUGCCAAUUCCAGAUAUCAAGUUCCGAUAUGUUCAGUAUGGGAUUAUUUCCGCCGGACCAGGAUGUGGGGUAAGCGGGACACCGGGUGUCAGUACUCGUGUAACAUUCUUCAUGCGAUGGAUUCUAGACAAUAUUCGUGAGUGAAGUAAUUAAUCAAAUGAUAUCUGCAAAUAAACAGGUUCUAGGAUA